UAUUUUUUGAUUUAUUUGUGGAGUUCAUUUCAGUAAAUUAUUGUUAGACUAUUAUAUCUGUAACAAGUUCUGUACAUUAAUAUUAAUAAAGAAGUCUAUCCAUCAAUCCAUCCAUCCAUCCAUCCAUCAUGUAGUGCGUAAAUUGGGACGCAGCCACUGCUUUGGGUUUUCUGAUUACUCAUUCAUGUUUCUGGCGCCCCCUUUUGGUACAUAUAAUACCACAGCCACCUGACAGACACACACUGCUGUAGUUGUGCUUAUUUGCAUGUCGUCCCAAAAAACUGUCCGGAGCGGAGGAGCCAUGCGGGUCACGCUCCUUCAGCCGCAGAUACUCCUCUGCUCGCGCCGCAGCACGCUGUUUGGGUGCAGGCAAUGGCCGCGUGCGCGCUUCUCCUGCGGGUGCUUGCUGUGUUGGUGCUGGCGGCGGCGGCGCGCGCUGAGGUGCAGCAGGACUUCUCCCCGGAGUGCCGCCAGUUCAUGUACAUGGGGACCCCGCCGAGGGGGCUGGAGCACCACACCCUGAAGAAGAUCUGUCAGCGGUACAACGGCCGGCCUCGGUACGUCACCCUGUACGACGUGGUGGAUCACAUCCCCGUGUACUCAGCCUACACCUUCAAGCGGUCAGACGGGUUCAAGAAGGUGGACGUGCCGUGGAUGUACGAGCCGCAGCUCUCCACUGCUACAGGUUCAGGUGAAAUGGAGCCAUUUCCAACGGACAGCAUCCACAAGAGCUUUGAGGAUGCCCAGGCUGUGCUGGAGGAUUACUCCAACACAGUCAGCUUCGAGAGAGGCCACCUGAACCCCGACGAGCACCAGGCUUACCCCGACGACAAAGCAGCUACGUACACACUCACCAACGUGGUGCCACAGGUCCGCCAGUUUAACAUCGGCCCAUGGAAGCAGCAUGAGCACAACAUCCGCCGCCGCCUCAACAACUACUGCCGUGGUACGGCCUACGUAGUGACCGGGGUCACGACCUCCGGCCGCAUGAUCCGCCGCCACAACAUCAACCGGCUGGCCGUCCCCACGUACCUGUGGUCGGCCUACUGCUGCAUCGACUACGACCACAACGCCCCGUACGAGCAAAGAUCCAAGUUCCCGGCCUUUGCUUCUCGUGCACUAAACUCUAAGAAGAGCUCUGAGGUGUUUGAGUUCUCUGUGCAGGAGCUGGAGAACUUCCUGAAGAAGAACACCUUUGUGGAUGAGAAGUUUCAGAUCUUCUACGAAGACUGUGUUGUCAAGAAUGAGGUCAAGACAAAAUAAAACCUGCGUAUAUGAGAAAAACA